AACGAAAAUAUUGGAACAAUGGUAAGCCUAUCGGCGGAUUUGUGAGCGGGCAGAGUCGGGCGACGGAUGCGCUUUCCUGUAACCAGUAUCGGCGAGGCGAAUCCAUCGGCGUAUCCAAAGUGUGCAGGCAGAGAGCGCUGCGGCUGGACGGGAAUAUUCAAAACCUACUGAAUGCAAUUGCGCCAUGGAGACAUUUGGUUGAAUUCUGCGCCCCGCCCAAUUGGAGGAACUGGAAUCGCCCCUCCACGAGUCUUGAAUUGGCAAGAAUGAAAGUGAGGAGACCACGAAGUGUGCAGAGCCGUCGCGCUAAUUCCAGGUCGCACCAUGCAAUUUGCACCAUUGAUUUGUAGACCACCAAGCGCAGGAACCACGGACGUAACAAGAAGGGACGCGGACACGUCAAGUUCAUCCGCUGCGAGAACUGCUCGCAGGCUUGCCCCAAGGACAAGGCCAUCAAGCGCUUCAUGGUCCGCAACAUGAUCGAGGCUGCUGCCCAGCGUGAUAUGGCUGAGGCUUCGGUCUACGACUCGUACGCCAUCCCCAAGCUGUACAUCAAGGUCCAGUACUGCGUCGGCUGCGCCAUCCAUCUGCACAUCGUCCGCGUGCGCUCGCGCACUGGCCGCCGCAACCGUGCUCCUCCUCCCCGUGUCCGCUUCAACAAGGACGGCAAGAAGAUCACCGCGACCAACACCCCCGCCAAGGCCCAGGCCUAAGCUUGAUUGCACUCCAAUGUAUCGGGUACAGUUGAUGUUUAGCUCUUGUUGAGUGUGUUUAUCUUUUUAUAA